CGCGGGGGCCCGCGGUGGAACUUGCCCGGGUGUUUCCUGGCGACGGGGGAAGUGAGGCGCCGCCGCGGAGAGUGGGAGCCGCGCUUCUCCCCCCCUCCCGGGCGCCCGAUCUACCAUGAGACCCGCCAUCUUCCCGCUCCUGCCUGACCCUGGCUGCCUCUUCCUUCUCCUCCUCCUCCUGGUGUCUUGGCUUUUUAAUCCAACAAGAAGUGAAAUAACAAGUCUAGAUAGUGGAAAUAUAGAUGACAUUUUAAACAAUGCAGAUGUUGCUUUAGUUAAUUUUUAUGCUGAUUGGUGCCGCUUCAGCCAAAUGCUGCAUCCUAUUUUUGAGGAAGCUUCUAAUGUAAUUAAGGAAGAAUAUCCAGAUAAGAAUCAAGUGGUGUUUGCUAGAGUAGACUGUGAUCAGCAUUCGGAUAUAGCUCAGAGAUACAGGAUAAGCAAAUACCCAACUCUGAAACUCUUCCGGAAUGGAAUGAUGAUGAAGAGAGAAUACAGGGGCCAGAGAUCUGUGACAGCAAUAGCAGAUUAUAUCAGGCAGCAGAAGAGUAACCCUAUUCGGGACGUCCAGGAUUUGGAAGAAAUUAGUUCUCUUGAUCGCAGCAGAAGAAAUAUUGUUGGAUACUUUGAGCAAAAGGACUCUGACAAUUACAGAACCUUUGAAAGAGUAGCGAAUAUUUUGCAUGAUGAUUGUGUAUUCCUGUCUGCCUUUGGGGCUAUUUCAAAAGCAGAGAGAUUUAGCGGAGACAAUGUAAUCUACAAGCCACCAGGGGAAAAUGCUCCAGAUAUGGUGUAUUUAGGCUCGCUAACCAAUUUUGAUUUGAUUUAUGCAUGGACACAAGACAAAUGUGUACCACUAGUUCGAGAAAUCACGUUUGAAAAUGGGGAGGAACUGACAGAAGAAGGCCUUCCUUUUCUCAUACUUUUCCACAUGAAAGAUGACUUGGAGAGUUUAGAGAAAUUCCAACAGGAGGUUGCACGUCAGUUAAUAAGUGAAAAAGGUACAAUAAACUUCCUCCAUGCUGACUGUGACAAAUUCAGGCACCCACUCCUCCAUAUUCAGAAGACUCCAGCAGACUGCCCUGUUAUUGCCAUUGAUAGCUUUAGGCACAUGUAUGUCUUUCCAGACUUCAGUGACUUGUCAGUUCCAGGUAAACUGAAGCAAUUUGUACUAGACUUGCAUUCUGGAAAAUUGCAUAGAGAGUUUCAUCAUGGCCCUGAUCCAACUGAUGUAGCACCUGGUCAGCCAAUUCAGGAUUUAGCAAGCAGCCCACCAGAGAGCUCAUUCCAGAAACUGGCACCCAGUGAACAUAGGUACACUUUAUUGAGGGAAAAAGAUGAACUUUAAAAACUUGAAAUAAUCUUGCAAGCCUUUCAGACAGCAGCAUUGACUUGUGUGGUGGAAAUAGUAAACCUAUAUUUUCAUAAUUCUAUGUGUAUUUUUAUUUUGAAUAAACUGAAAAAUAAUUUUUUUUCUCCCCAGGCUUGUAAAUACAUUUGUUUGGUGGGUCAUUCUGUACAGCAUCUUUCAAACAGUAUGUUCCUAAUGCUAUAGUAAAAUAUCAGAGACCCAUCCAGACUCUUGAUCUAACUCUGUUCUGUAAAACUUUUAUAAUCCAAAUGAAGGUAUCCUUGCCAGAGACAUGCUGUUAACUUGCACUAUCCCAUUAAAUAGGACUUUUGGGUUGUUUUCUGUGUAACCUUGGUAGUAUGUGCUUUUUCUUCUUCUUCUUCAUGUGAACAGCUAUCCUGGUAAUCUAUUUCUUUGUCACAUUUUUCUCCAACUUAAGAGGGUCUUCUAUUCUGGAUACUUGGGAGGGGAAUAAAUUAAAGUUUUACAGAA